GGAUAUUUUGUAAACAAGCGCGAGUAAAGGGUCAAUUAAUUUCGUCCGGUCUUUCCUACUUCCCGCGCGUGCCCCUUCCUUCCCAUCGUCGCCGCUGGCUCGUCGUCGACCGCGAUGGCGAAAUCGACGAUCGAGAGACCGUCGCGCGGCUUCGAACGAUUCCGCUUUCGAAUGGAAGUUUUAAGUUUUAAGUUUCUCUCCCUCUUUCUCCUUCCCUCUUUUGUUUUCUCCUAUCGAAAAGCCCGCCAAUCUCGCCUCGCAAUUCGCAACGAAAUGAAUUCGCUUGUGGGAUUCGAGCAACUCUUUAUUCGACUGUCUCAUGCGAAACUGAAAGCAAACGGAAGUUCAAUUCGUAGCGACGUCACUCGGUAGCGCCUCACGUAAUGUGUAUCUCAGAUUAGAAAAGCUAAACGACGAUUGGCUAUCGCGUUGUUAUGUGUCGCAUUCUAUGCGCAGAAGCCAUAACGCGUGAUACGUCCUAUGCGCAGGAGCCAUUAACGAUCUUCAGCGUCGUUAAAUACCAAGUGUUUUCGUUGUAUCUUUUGUAACUCUCCGUUUUACUGCAACAAAUAUUUCCAAACAUUUAUAUUACAAAGUGAGCUCUAGGAUUUGCAUCUAUAAAUUUGAUUGAAGCCUCAAGAUAUUCAUAUAUUGUGAGUGGUAAUUUAGUUAUCACAUUAUUGUAAAACAUGGCACAUUAUAAAGGAGCAGCCAGUGAAGCUGGCCGAGCUAUGCAGUUAAUGAAGAAAAGAGAAAUUGCUCAACAAGAAAUAGAACUGCGAAAGAAAAAGAUCGAAGAUGACUUGAAGAUUCAUAAUAUAGAAAAUAAGUUUGCAACUCAUUACAAUGCUGUUGAACAACAAUUGAAGACUUCUACAAUUGGCUUGGUUACAUUGAAUGAAAUGAAAGCCAAGCAGGAGAAUAUAGUGAAAGAGCGUGAAAGAAAACUUGCUCAAAAGGAACGAGAAAAGGAACAGGAAAAGGAAAGAGCAUUAGCAGCAAAACAGGCUGAAAAAAAUAAACAGAAAAGACAGAUUCAAGCUCUAUCUUUUAAUUUUGAUGAAGAGGAAGCUGAGAUAACUGAUGAGGACAGCAUAGAAAAAUCAGAAGAUGAGCAAAGUAAUGGCCCUGUGAUUAAGAAGAUCAGGAAAAAUCCAGAUGUCGACACAAGUUUCUUACCAGAUAGAGAAAGGGAGGAAGAAGAAAAUAAGCUUAGAGAGGAAUUAAGACAGGAAUGGGCUAGAAAGCAGAAUGCACUGAAGGAAGAAGAGAUUGAAAUUACAUUCAGCUAUUGGGACGGAUCUGGCCAUCGUCGAAGUGUUAUAAUGAAGAAGGGUAAUUCUAUCUAUCAGCUUCUUCAGAGAUGUUUGGAAGUUCUAAGACGUGAAUUUAGUGAGCUUAAAACAGUAAUGGCAGAUCAGUUGAUGUAUGUCAAAGAAGAUCUUAUAUUACCACAUCAUUAUACAUUCUAUGAUUUUAUUGUAACUAAGGCACGAGGAAAGAGUGGACCCUUAUUUACAUUUGACGUGCAUGAUGAUAUUCGAGUUAUGCAUGAUGCUUCCGUGGAAACUGAGGAAUCGCAUGCAGGAAAAGUUUUACUUAGUUUUUUUGUUUUUUUAGAUCGUGGUACGAGAGGAACAAACACAUUUUUCCAGCAAGUAGAUGGGAACCCUUCGAUCCAACGAAAAGUUACGACAAAUAUACAGUAUCGGAUAAAAAUAGGAAGAAAGAUAAGAUCUGAUAAACUUAAAUACAAGGAAGUAUAUCCAGUUUCAUUUAAUGAAGAUAUCAAUUUCAUAAUCAUAGCUUUAUUCAUUGUGCAAUUAAUUCAUUAUAAGAGAUUGUAAUAUAUAUGUAUAUAUAUUGUCAUGUAUUUUUAAUGACUGUGAUUUUAAUUAAUUUAAAUAUAGUAUUGAAUUCAUUUACUCGUUGUCUACUUCAAUUAGAUAAUUCAUAAAGUACAAAAAGGCAGAUUUACAAACAUUUAAGGAAGAAAAUGAGGAAAAUAUAAAUGGUUUUGUGGUUUAAAUAUAAUAAUUACAAUUUACAUGAAAGUAUAAAACGAUAAUGUAUAUUUCAAUGUCAAUAACAAUCAGAAACGAUAUCAAAUUCUUUGAUCAGA